CAGCAGUCCGGCUUUGGACGUCCCGUGAAGAAGUCAAUCCCUCGGCGUCAACAGUGGAGCAGACAUUAGACGACCAGCAGCUGUUUGUCAAACCAACACGUUUCACUUGUCUUCCUUUGUGCGAGCGUACAACGUCUUUAUUUUUAGUUUUUUUAUUCGUCGCGUUAUUUGGGGGGGAUCGUUCGCCCCGAGAGAACCGCGAGAAAGGGCGAGAAGUGACGACAGGGACUUGUGAGACUUGGACAAACAAUCCCUCUUCCUCCUCCUCUACCUUCUUCUUGUCUGCUCACUGUUUGCUGAGGAAGAAGAACAUUUUCCACCUGCCUGAAGAAACAUGAGCUUUCUUUUCGGAAAUCGCGCCUCCAAGACGUUCAAGCCCAAGAAGAACAUCCCGGAGGGCUCUCAUCAGUACGAGCUGUUGAAACAUGCCGAGGCCACGCUGGGGAGCGGCAACCUGCGCAUGGCCGUCAUGCUGCCCGACGGCGAGGACCUCAACGAGUGGGUGGCAGUAAACACUGUGGACUUCUUCAACCAGAUCAACAUGCUGUACGGGACCAUCACAGACUUCUGCACGGAAGAGAGCUGCCCCGUCAUGUCUGCCGGUCCAAAGUACGAGUAUCACUGGGCCGACGGGACCAACAUCAAGAAGCCGAUCAAAUGCUCCGCCCCCAAGUACAUUGAUUACCUGAUGACCUGGGUGCAAGACCAGCUUGAUGACGAGACGCUCUUCCCCUCCAAGAUCGGUGUCCCCUUCAAGCGCAACUUCAUGUCGGUGGCCAAGACCAUCCUGAAGCGCCUGUUCCGCGUCUACGCUCACAUCUACCACCAGCACUUCGACUCUGUCAUGCAGCUGCAGGAGGAGGCCCACCUCAACACGUCCUUCAAGCACUUCAUCUUCUUCGUCCAGGAAUUCAACCUCAUCGACAGGAAAGAGCUGGCGCCGCUUCAGGACCUGAUCGAGAAGCUGACCACGAAGGACAGAUAAACGCCCACGCCCUCCUUCUUUUAACGGUCUUCUAGUUUUGCACAGACACUCCCCCCUCUCCUCCCCCUUUUCCUCUUCGGCUGUAUGUAUGCAGUAUAAACUAUAUUUCCAUUUGGGGAAAUGUUUUUAAUGAGGCCUGGGACGCCGAAAACGGGUGGCGAUGGGUUUAACGCACCAGGAGGCUUCAUCUUAUCAGGGAGUCAAAUGAACAAAAAAAACCAAACAUGUUUUAUGGCAAAGUUCCACCUAGCUUUAUGUGACAGUUGUUGCAUAUUCACAUUUGCUCUCCCAUAGGAAUCAUUCUCUCAGAUUACCACAAUAUUAGAGUGUUAAGGUAGUAUUUUUCUUAAGGUGGGGGGACAACGCCAGCCUCAAAGCCAUUCCAAGAGCAGCGGCGUUUCCUUCAUUCAGCCGAGUAGUUUGCUGCUUGCGAGUACUGCAUCCUAAGUGCCUGACCUGGCUCGCUCUGGCCCGGCAUACACAGUGAGAACUGUAAGACGGCCACACGACUUGAUUGACAUGUGAAAUAUACACCCGUUUUGGUUCCCACUUCCUGCCCCUCUUUGUCUCGCCGCUGGAAUUAACUCAAAGUACUUUUCAUUGUUUCAUUGUUUAUUACGAGAAAAGAUGCUGUUAUUUUUUUAGCGUAGUUAGUUUAGUCAGUAAGUUCACUGGUUCUGAGUUUUCACUUUAAAGGGAAACUGCACUUUUUUUGGAAUUGUCUAUUAACAAUCCUUAUGUAAGACAAAAACACAUAUUUUUUAUUUUUUUCAAAAGUCAGCUAACAAUGUAGCUAAAAGUGUUAGCUUUAUUUUGAUUAUAAAGCGCUCUAAAAAAACAUCCAAAAAUCUCCAUCAACCACUUAUAUACACGCUGUCAGUAUGUGUAUAUGUAAUGUAGUAUCAGACACAUUAAUAAUAACAUGUAAUAUUUGCUCAUUUUAAGCAUACAGCUAUGUAUUAAUUUCACAGACGCAUUCCAACGUUCGCUUUUCCUUCAACAACUACGACUAAUCACAGCAGACUUCGUGAGAGACGACAAAGACGACUUUGAGACAAAUGAUGAUCCAGAACCUUAUAUUUUUGAGCCUGAAUAUACGGAGGAUGAUCUACAAGUUUUAGAAGCUGAGUGAUAAGUAGAUCUAGCAAGUAGCAGUAUUCCUAAGUGCUAAACAAGAAAUACAAACAUAAUAAAACAAUCACUUACUGUACAUUGUCUGUUCUCACUGGGAUGCUGACAGAUGGGAUGUUUAUAUCUUCCGGUUUGGAUGAAGAAAUAAUCAUAAUCUUCACGCUGGUAGAAGGAAAAAAAAUCAAAACAAGCAUAUUUUACUGUCUUUCACUUAUAAAUUACAUUACUUUUCGCUUUAUGGCCACAACCUUCUACUAUCCAGGUGAUAGGCAUGAUUUGUAAUGUAGACUGAACCUUUACCAGCUCUGUAUGUCAAUAUAGCAGCGUAAACUAGUUAGCGCUCUGUGAGGUCAAGAUUUAUUCAUAUAGCAGUUUUAAAACAAAAUACUGCCCCAAAGUGCUGUACAUAUUAAAACAGAAAGGUAAAAUAUUAAUAAUAAUAAUAGUCAAAAUCACAAUAAGUACAGAACAUUCCAUUGAUAAAACAUAGUUAAAAUACAUUAAAACAGUGGGGGAAAAAAAGGUAAAAUAUUAGCAAAUAAUAAAAAUCACAAUAAGUACAGAACAUUUAUAUAUAAAACAUAGUUAAUGGAUAAAAGAACAACAUUAAAAUCCAUCCAUCCAUCCAUUUUCUACCGCUUAUUCCCUUUGGGGUCGCGGGGCGCGCUGGAGCCUAUCCAUACAUAAUAAAACAGUUAAAAUACAUUAAAACAGUGGGUGGAAAAAAGGUAAAAUAUUACAAAUAUUAGCAAAUAAUAAAAAUCACAAUAAGUACAGAACAUUUAUAUAUAAAACACAGUUAAUGGAUAAAAGAACAACAUUAAAAUGUCCAUACAUAAUAAAACAUAGUUAAAAUACAUUAAAACAGUGGGGGGAAAAAAAGGUAAAAUAUUAAAAAUAUUAGCAAAUAAUAAAAAUUACAAUAAGUACAGAACAUUUAUAUAUAAAACACAGUUAAUGGAUAAAAGAACAACAUUAAAAUGUCCAUACAUAAAACAUAGUUAAAAUACAUUAAAACAGUGGGGGGGAAAAAAGGUAAAAUAUUACAAAUAUUAGCAAAUAAUAAAAAUCACAAUAAGUACAGAACAUUUAUAUAUAAAACACAUUUAACGGAUAAAAGAACAACAUUAAAAUGUCCAUACACAAUAAAACAUAGUUAAAAUACAUUAAAACUGGGGGAAAAAAAGGUAAAAUAUUAAAAAUAUUAGCAAAUAAUAAAAAUCAAAAUAAAUACAGAACAUUUAUAUAUAAAAAACAGUUAAUGGAUAAAAGAACAACAUUAAAAUGUCCAUACAUAAUAAAACAUAGUUAAAAUACAUUAAAACAGUGGGGGGAAAAAAGGUAAAAUAUUAAAUAUAUUAGAAAAUAAUAAAAAUCACAAUAAGUACAGAACAUUUAUAUAUAAAACACAGUUUAUGGAUAAAAGAACAACAUUAAAAUGUCCAUACACAAUAAAACAUAGUUAAAAUACAUUAAAACAGUGGGGGGGGGGGAAAGGUAAAAUAUUAAAAAUAUUAGCAAAUAAUAAAAAUCACAAUAAGUACAGAACAUUUAUAUAUAAAACACAGUUAAUGGAUAAAAGAACAACAUUAAAAUGUCCAUACAUAUGUACAGUUCAGCUUGUGUUAAAAGCUGGGAUCACGGUCUGUGUUAGCUCUUAUAAUAACAAUAUCGCUAAUAUUUGGUUAAUAUGUAAAUGUAAUGAUGGAGGUUUUUUUUUAGAGGGCCUCAUGGGCAAAAUGUUGUACUCCCAUUAGCUGCAUCGUACUUGCCAUAUUUUGCGAAUUACAAUGCAUAACAAAAAGAAAAACGUGUGGUCUUGUCUGACAUAGACAUUGUGAAUGAAAACAUUUUUGCCUAUCGUUAACAAUCCUUAUGAAAGACAUAUGGACAGAUGAUUUUUUUAAUGCAUUGUAACUUGUAAAUAAACGCUUACAACAGAGCCAGUGGGAGGUCCUCUAUUCUGCCCAUAAGACCCGAUAAAAAACCAUCCAAAAACCACCAACAAUACUCCAUGUACUAUUCGUAACUUGAAUAUUAACCAAGUAUCAGUGAUAUUGUGAUUCUAAGCGCUAUUGACGCAAACUAUUUAUAGCGGCGCCGGGAUCACAAACUUGUGUGCCAAUGUUUACACCAUGCAGUGGUCUGCUGCUUUUCUCUCUUCAUUGUUUGUGGAAGUUUAUUGUAGAUCAUAAAUAAUGCCCUCUCUCACCUGGAUAGUAGACGGAUGAGGAUGUAAUCUGACAAGAUGGUACACUUUGACAGCCAAUUUAGACCUGGAAAUGGCGAACGACGACACCAAAAGACGCUUUGUCUUCGCGAGUAUUAUGAGUCAUUCUUUAUUUUAAGGGAAUAUACAAGAUUGGGGCAGCAUGGUGAAACUGGGGUUUGUGCGUGUGCCUCACAAUACGAAGGUCCUGGGUUCGAUCCUGGACUCCGGAUCUUUCUGUGUGGAGUUUGCAUGUUUUGCGGGUACUCCGGCUUCCUCGUACCUCCAAAGACAUGCACCUGGGGAUAGGUUGAUUGGCAACACUAAAAUUGGCCCUAGUGUGUGAAUGUGAGUGUGAAUGUUGUCUGUCUAUCUGUGUUGGCCCUGCGAUGAGGAGGCGACUUGUCCAGGGUGUACCCCGCCUUCCGCCCGAAUGCAGCUGAGAUAGGCUCCAGCACCCCUCCGCGACCCCGAACGGGACAAGCGGUAGAAAAUGGAUGAAAGUAUAACAAGAUUGUAGCAGUCGGCAUCCUAUUGACUGCAGACUUUGUACAGUAAGUGAUGUUUUAUCAUGUUUGUUGGCUCUUAUAAAGUCUGCAGUGAGAUUAAAUCAGUGAUGUUGUAGGAAAAAAAAAAUAAUGCACCGCGUAUCCUUAAAAUGAUCAAAAUACAUAAAUAUUAAAUGUUAUUCAGAAUGUGCCUGUUACUACAUUACAUAUAUACUUACUUCAUGUAUGAAAAAAACAACUUUAUAGGGGUGUUUGGAUGUUUUUUUUUAAGGGUUUAUUAGUUCGUAUUUAGGGUGAAUAAAACAAACAAAAAACAUAUGUGGUCAUGUCUUACAUAGACAUUGUGAAUGAAAAACAUUUGCAGUUCCCUUUUAACUGACGCACAUUGUUGUUUUUUUAGCAAAUUUGCUUGGCCGUGCCCUCGUGAAACGAAUGUUGCCUGACGCGUCGAGGCGGAUGUAAAGUAACAGGCUUUGGAGAAGUAGCUGCGUUCUGCACAGAUGGAGCCAAUGAAGCACGAACACACACACACACACACACUCUUUACCGCACCGGUGUGUAUUUUUGGCAGCAGGAAGCAAACGUGAGCGAAAACACAAUAACAGGACAAACAUCUGUUGUGCAAAGUGCGAGUAAACAAGCAGCGCCUGCGCGUCGACGUGUACUUUUACGAUGGCGCGUUGAAGCGUCGACGUGUGGCGGAUUCACGCAUCGCCGCAGCAUUCGAGUUGACCAUCCAGCACUUUGAACAGUCCUCCCCGACCUCUCGCCUGAAUGUCGACUCCGCAUAGACCCUGCUUGUCCGUUCUUUUCCUCCCCUCCCUCCCCCAAAGAUGAAUGUUUGCCUGCUCUGAAUUGAAGGCACAAGAGAUAUUUAAUGACAUAUGUUUUUCCUGGGUUGCCGUCGACAUCCGCAUGUACAUGUCCCCCGCUCUCUAAAGUGUACUUUACUAUGCAAUAACGAUUGGCACACUAAAAAGGUUGUUUUCUCGAUUCAAAACAGUACAGUUGCUUAUUUAACGCAUAUAUUCAGGUGUUUGGUUACAAAGAAUGGCUUUGGUUUUGGGUUGAAAAACGUAUUGGUGUUACAGUAUUGGCGGGUUUUUUUUUAAUAUAUAUAUCUCAUGUUUGAGGUGGAAUACUUCAAUGCACAACAUGUACUGUAAAUAUUAGGACCACACUGAACUGAGAUACAUUAUAGUACAAGAAUAGUCAUAACAUUGAUUAUUUUUGGUGCGGUCCUUAAUAGAUCUCCAUUUUAAUAAGCAUGGUGUUUUUUUUCCUUAGGGGCAGCUUUCCCAUCCUCUGUUAUAAUUGUGAACCUUUGCUUAAGUUGCUGAGUGUCCCUUCCUCUCGUUCUUAUCUACUGAUUAUGAAUGUUGUCACACACCAUAUAUUGUAAUUUAAAUACAAGCCGGAAGCAUCGCCACCUUCUGGAAUGCCCUCAGCCUGGCCUAUUUUGCCUAGUUUUGUUUUCUCUUUCUUCUUUGGCUGUAUUCAUUGAGGACAUGUGUGUACAUAAUGGCUCAGUGUGGAUGUUUCAAUGCUGCUGAAUCCAAUUCUGCUGUUUACAAAGGCAAAUAAAGGUGGUGUUGACUCUU